UGCUUCCUGCGCAUGCACGCUUGGACUUGGAGUGUGUGCAUAUGAUGAAUACCUCUGUGCGCGCAGCUGCGUAUGCAUACACAGAGCAUGAAACUGCAUGCAUACCUGGUCUCGAGGCCUCAGGUGCGGCUACAGCAGCGGGUAAGCGACCAGCUGCACAAGUUCCGCUUCAAUGAGCUCUUCAACUCCCUCCCGCCGGACGGCAGAGCCCGCGCCCGCCUUUUGAGCUGUCGAGGACCUCUCUCAUCUGGUUGGUUAUCCGGAAUCCCUUCCAGCGACCACAAGUCCCUGAACAACUUCCAGUGCCGCCUUCCCGUCGCCGAGUGCCUCGGCAUCGCCUUCCCGCACGCGACCGUCACGCAGCGAUGCAUCUGCGGUGACGAGGUCGAUAACCACUACUUUGUCUGCCACACAGCCCGCGUGUGCAUUACGAGACACAACAACAUACGCAACUUGUUUGUUCGCAUCCUGGCUGAGGCUGAUGUUCCCUCCAACGUGGAGAUGCCCCUGCAGAGCCUCGGCAUCACCCCUCCGGACGACAAUCCCAACAGCCAGCGCGUGGACAUCUAUGGCGUGAUCGACGGCCACGAUUACAUGCUCGACGUGACCAUCACCCAUCCCUGCUGA